AUGGAGUCGCAGACGCAAACAAGAGUCAGAAGGACCCGAAUCCAGACCCAAUCGUUUAUAGACGUUGAGCAUCAGCGCGCUGUUUUCGAACGCACUUCCACCUCUGGCGACAUUCAAGAUGAGGCCUGCUUGGAUGAAAAUGAUCCGGAGAACGGCGACGUCAGCCCGACGCCUUCCCACUACGAGACCGACUUGAAAGAGCCCGAGUACCAGUACCUGCUCGCGUCGGACGUCAGACGCCAGGUCCGCCAAGCCCCGGCUUACGAGAAGCCCCCUCGCGGCAAGCGGCCCCCGGGCGUGCCCCCAAAGUCCGGCUACCCUCACGAGUUCUUCAACGACGAGGAACUGCCUCUCAGGACCGAGAGACCUCGUAGCGAGUUCCCCAUACUCCCCAGUUCCGGUCCCGGCCGACCUGCGAGCAACUUCCGACCCGGAAUGGAGGCGGGACGAGUUCGAGCCUUCUACAAUGAGGACGACCGCAGCGUCUUCGAUGUUGGAUACCACCGGGAAAGCACCACUGAUUCGGGACUGAGAAACGACACAAACUCCGUGAAUACUCCCUUCAAGCUUGCAACGUACCGUCCGGCAUCGUACUCCAGUGAUACGGGAGAGAAGCGCAGGUUCUGA